UAGGUCAAAACUGUCAAAUAAAGUCUUGUUGCGUAGUCAACAAGUUAAUAAAGAAGGCAUGUACGGGAGUAGUACUUGUUCUACGUCUACCAAGAACAUAAAGACUUCUUCAAAGUCAAAACGUUGGAGGAAGAAGCCAAACCAAUCAUUCGGACCAAAACAAAUCUAACUUAACAUAGUAGUAAUACAAUAUUUAGUGUCGUGACGAGCAGAUCUUAUUGAUCUACGAUAUCUAAAGUAUAACGACUUCUUCUUCUCUUUCUCUCGCUAUAAUCAGAAUCAGAAUCUUAUUGAGGACGUACACACUUCACAUUAUGAAUAUCUUCACGAGAUAUCGCCUUCAUCGGGUCGUAUCAAGUGUUAUAUUGCCGCUCUUCCUUUUCCAUCUUUUGCCUUACGUUACAUGCCAGCAAGAGUCGGGAUCCGCAAAGCCUAAUGUACAAACCGAUUUCUCGACAGAAUCGAUUAUCGCAAUCGUUAUGCUUGCAAUAUUUAUUACAUUAAGCAUGGUCUCUUGUUGCUUGCACUGCACAUUCUAUAGGGCAGAGACCGAGGCGGCAGGCCAAGAAGUGUUGCACAAUAGGGCAAGGCGCGGGCUCGAGAAGGAAGUCAUCGAGUCAUUUCCGGUUUUCCUGUAUUCAGAAGUUAAAGGGCUCAAGAUAGGCAAAGGCGGAGUAGAAUGUGCAGUUUGUCUAAGUGAGUUUGAGGAUCAAGAAACGCUACGUUGGAUGCCUCCUUGUAGCCACACUUUCCAUGCUAAUUGCAUCGAUGUGUGGCUCUCUUCCCGAUCCACCUGCCCGGUCUGUCGUGCAAAUCUGUCUUUGAAACCCAACGAGAGUUUUCCAUAUCCAAACAUGGAUGUUGAAACGGGAGGUGUUCAAGAACCCCCCAAUGAGAGAAGCUUGAUAGGUAAUAUUGCAAAUUAUACAACACCUCGAUCGAGGUCUACAGGUCUAUUGGCAAACUGGAAAAUGGCUGAGAUAUUCGUCCCUAGAUCUCAUUCGACCGGACAUUCAUUGGUUCAACUAGGUGAAAAUCUAGACCGAUUCACUCUGCAAUUACCGGAGGAGGUGCAGAGACAAUUGGUUAGCUUGAAUCUAAUCAGGAGAAGCCACAUGGCCUUACCUCAAGCCAUGAGUUCGAGACAGGGCUACAGAAGCGGGAGCGUUGGGAGCGAGAGAGGUGGUUUCUCUGAGGGACGGCAAACGCAUCUGCGGGCCUUAUCUAUGUCUCUCUCUUUCUCUUUUCAAACUACUUCUGUUAGGUCAACACGUGACAGGAAUGAUCAAGUCCAAGAGACUUCCCAAGCCAAGGACAAAUAUUUUGGUGAACGGUCAUUUGAACGCCUCAUGCCAGAGAGGGUCUAAUCUAUUUACUUUUGUUUCCCUUCAAUUGACGAAUAUAAGUCAAUGAAAGGGACGAGUUCGGUCAGUCAUGCGUGCCACACUUGGUUUAACCAUUAACUAGUUCCAGUUUUUCAUUCAAAGGUCUAUAAACAUAGUUAGAGUAUAAGAAGUCUACUCAUAUCAAACGUUCCAUCUCCGAUCAGCCCAUCAACGUUUUCAAUUAGCAUCGAUCGUUCGAAUAGCUUGUACAGUUUUUCAAGGGAUGCUACCUGCAAAAGAGUUCAAAGAAUGUAAUUAAUGUCUUUAUAAGAUUUGAUUUUUCUCAUC